AUGCCAUCCAACGGUAAUGCCGGAUCUCCUCACGCUGGUCGCACCCCAGCACCUUCCCCGAUCAUCUCGGACCCAAACGCAAACCACCCAUUCGAUGGGCGUCCCCGUCCCGGCGACACACGUCCUGUAGCUGUCCAACAAGUCCUGUACGAUGCUGCGAGGCUUGUUGCGCUCGCCUGGCAGAGGAUGGAGGAGAUUGGAGAGGAGGGGAAGGCCGACGAGUUGAAGGCCAUCGGCAGCCGGAUGUUUGGAGAUGAGUUGUGGGACGUCGUUGUGCAGGUGGUUGUUAACCAGGCGUAA